AUGGAUCUAGGCCUAGAUGCAUUUGCUCUCAACAUCAACUCCCUACAGUCCUGGGCAACCGAGACUGUGGAGCGUCUUUUCAAGAAUGCUGACGAUCUCGGCUUUAAGCUCUUCUUCUCCUUCGACUUCGGUCCCAACAACUUCGGAGACCCCAGCGAGGUGGUCGACUAUCUGAAGCCUUUCCUUUCACGACCCUCCUACUACGCCCACAACGGCAAACAACUUGUCACCACCUUCGGCGGCGAGCAAUUCGACGACGGCAAGAUCUCGCAGUUCAAGUCCAACGUCGGCGGCAAUGUCCUCUUCAUCCCGGGCCUCUACAACGGCGCCGCCUCCGCCGACAUCUUCAGCAAAAACCCCAGCUACGACGGCGUCUUUGGCUGGAACUCGUGGCCAAGCUCGUUCGCAGGCAACGUCGAGACGACUGCCGAGACCACCGACGAUGCCGUCUGGGCGCAAGCCGUCAGCAACUCGCCCGGCAAGCUGCGCAUCGCCGGCCUCUCCCCUAUCAACUUCAAGCACUACGCGGGACAGAACUGGUACCGCCGCGGCGAGCAGAACCUCGAGGUGCGCAUGGCCGCGCUCCUCAAAGACCAGCCCGACAUGAUUGAGAUCCAGACGUGGAACGAUGCCCCCGAGAGCCACUACAUCGGGAACAUCUGGGACGAGCCCAACACGGGUAACACCGAAGCGCAGGGCUGGUACAAGGGCUUCGACCACACGGGCUACCAGCAGGUCAUCAAGGCGUUUGCGAAGGCGUGGCAUACUUGCGAUAGUGUGGAGAAUAUGGUUCCCACCAACGGGAAGAGCGUCCAGGGCGCGUUCUGGCACCACGUGCUCACAGUCGGCGGCGACUGCAGUGCCGACCCCAAGGGCAAGCCGGACCCGCUGCCGGCUGAGGACUCUGUCAGCGGUGUUGUGCUGGUUGCGAAGGGCAGCGCGGGGCUUGUUGCUGUGGUGAACAACGGCGAUAAGGAGCUCGGCAAGUUGACGUUGAAGGAAGGAUACAACAGUUUCAAGUUCGACAACCUUGGUGCUGGAAAGGUCCAGCUUGAAGUUUGGGAUGGAAGCACUAUGGUUGGUGGUGGUUACAGCAACCAGACUGUGCAGACAAGCUCAGACAUCUGCAACUACAACUUCCAGGUCGUUGGGUUCCCAGGCUAG